AAUUUGGCUUCAGAAAGAGACGAGAUCCCAAAGAAAGAGGGAGGUUGUAGCUCCUGACUUGAUUGGUGUUCUUGUGUUGUUAUUGGUGUUAUUUCUGCUGUUCUCGCUGCUGUUGGCUGUUGAAGAUGCUGCGUGUGAUGAGACCAAAUACCUACAAGGUGUAUAUGUCGCCUGUUACAUCUGAAUUUUACGAUUUUGCGGGGGAAAGAGAUGAGGCAGCAGCGGCCCUCCUUGCCAGACACCUCUUGAAUCUGCUAGACAGGGCAAGACGGACCAAACUCCGCUCAAUGGCUACUCCCGCUUUUGCCCACGCACACACGCACACACACUCGAAGAGUCACAGCGGGUCCGUGUCACAGUGGCUUCACAAACUGAUCCCCGGCAGCGACACAGUCAACGUUUAUUUUCCCGAAGAUUUCUUGUCCCGCGUAGUGAGAGACGUGCUGAGGAUGACUGAGGGAGAAGCUAAGGGACUGAGGGGCUGUACGCUGUGUGUGGAGCUGUGGGACGGUGGAAAGCGGGUUGUGUUGGGAAAGAUAGUGUGUGAUGCUCAAGUGAAGUCCUCCUACACGCUCUAUGUGAGGCUGGUGAGAGGCGCCGCUCCAGAAGACCCUGCUGGCUUCAGAAUAUUUAACACCAGCAUUUACGAACCAAUUUACGUGAGUCCCGGGUAUCAACUCGAAAAGGAGAAGAGACACAGAUAGAGAGAGAGAGAGAGAGAGAGAGAGAGAGAGAGAGAGAGAGAGAGAGAGAAUUUUUUUUAACUAAUCACUCGUAUUUAUUCAUGAUAGUAUUAGUAGUAGUAAUAGUAAUAGUAGUAAAUGAGGAGGAAGAGAAAAAAAGGAGAAAGGAAGAUAAAAAGAGGGGGAAAGUGAUAAGGAAGAGGAGAAGAAUGCGAAAAAGAAGAGAAGAGGAAGAAGAGAAUGAAGAUAAGAAGAUGAGCAGGAAGAAGAAGAAAGUGGAAAAGAAAAACACGAAGAGGAGGAAGUGGAAGAAGAAGAAGAACUGGUACAAGAAGUGAAAAAUAAAGAAGAAAAAAAAAAAGACAAAUAGUAGUAGUAGUAGUAGUAGUAGUAGUAAUAGUAAUAGUAUUCAUUAAUAACUAUCACCCGUCAUUCUAUUUAUGUAUAUCUCUUUUUUUACGUACGUUUCUUAAUAAAAAUAAUAUUAUGAA